CGGAAGUAUUAGCUACUAUAAUUCAGUUUCUAACUAGCGAACCACUGUAAACAACUCAGUACUACUUUGAACAAUUUCUCUGUCGUACUUGUAGGUUCUGAGAUGACUUCAUUUUUACCCGCAGUGGCCGAACAACUUUUUAAAGAGGUUCAGAAGACAUACCAAGAGAAAACGCAAAUUCCUGAUGACCUUCUCAUUGCGUUGAGGUUUGUGUUUGGCUCCUGUGCCCUACAGGCCUUGGACCUGGUUGAUCAGCGUUCUGUCACCUGUGUGUCCUCACCCAGUGGACGGCGAGCAUAUCAGGUGAUGGGAGGUUCGGGGCUGUUGUACACCUGCUACACCUACUGUCACUACUGCCCCUGCCCAGCCUUCAGCUACACAGUGCUGAGGAGGAACGAGAGCCUGCUGUGCAAGCACAUCCUGGCUGCCUACCUGAGUCAGGCCAUGGGGUUGUUCCAGCAGGAGACCCUGUCUGACCAGCACAUGUCCAACAUCCUCUCUGGGAGAGCAGCAGCCACCGACACAUAGACCACCAGAUCCUAAAUGUUAAGCACCAGACCCCAUGUCACUGAUCCAGACUUACAUGUAAACCACCAGAUUCUAAAUGUUAAGCACCAGACCCCAUGUCACUGAUCCAGAUUUACAUGCAGAUCUCAGCUACAGAGCCAAAGUAAAGACAUGAAGAGCACAACCAAGCAGGAAUCUGGUGGAGCGUUUGUUUAAAAGGCAAACUGUAACUAUUGCAUGGUCUUCUCCAGUCAUUCUGCAUGUGUGAAGAUUACUUUUAGGCCUUUAAGGUUGUUGUCAUUUUGUUUCUUUCUGGUCUAUAAAACUCAAACUGAACAAAUGUUUUUUGUGUUUAUGUUCUUAAUCCUUUGCCUGAGAAUGGAACUUUUUUGACAUUAUUUUUAGUGUCCUUUUUGUUUGAGACUACACAAUCACUUUUUGGCAGGGGUUGGCUGCAAGCUUGGAUCAUUUGUCCUCUCAACAUUUUGAACAAAUAAACAUAAAAAUUACCAGGGAUUUAAUCAGAAUCACUUUUGGGCCUAGUUGAUGUCAAGUUGUAGUGUACAAAUAUCUUUUUUGAAGUAUGUUCCAUCCAUAUGCCUGACAAAAAACAGCCUGUGAAUGUAGUUGCCUACUUCUGCUCAGUUUUUUGACUGCUGGACAUUUUUCCUAGUCCUUUAGUUACAAGAGAGUACAAAGAUGUUUAUGUUGUUCAAGGAGUAUAAAUAUGUUUUUUUACAUUCAAGUUAUUUGUGUAUAUAUAAGUUUGUUGUUGAUAGUAAAAUAAUGAAAUAAAAUGAAUGGAAAUUGUUGA